CCAUUCAUUAAUUUUCUCCCUUCAACUAUUUUCCUUUCAUUUUUCCCUUCUUCAUUUUGUUAUUUUCCUUCACUUUCUUUUCUUCAUUCAAAAAAUUUAAAAAAUGUCAACAAGUUUUUUCCUUCCUAUUUUCCUUUCUUUCAUUUUCCUCCAUUCAACUAAUGCUAACUAUUGGCCACUAUCACCUGGUUAUUAUCCAAGUACAAAAUUUAAGUCCAUGAGUUUUUAUCAAGGAUUUAAAAAUCUUUGGGGUCCUAAUCAUCUCAGUGUAGAUAACAAUGGCAUUAAUAUUUGGCUUGAUAGAAAUUCAGGAAGUGGAUUCAAGUCGGUUAAACCGUUUCGAUCCGGGUAUUUUGGGGCAUCCAUUAAACUCCAACCCGGUUAUACGGCUGGAGUCAUUACAGCUUUCUACCUUUCAAAUAAUGAAGCACAUCCAGGGUUCCAUGAUGAAGUGGACAUAGAAUUUCUUGGCACAACAUUUGGAAAACCAUACACAUUACAAACAAAUGUUUAUAUUAGAGGAAGUGGAGAUGGAAAAAUUAUUGGAAGGGAAAUGAAAUUUCAUUUGUGGUUUGAUCCCACAAAAGAUUUUCAUCAGUAUGCUAUUUUGUGGAGUCCUAGAGAAAUCAUAUUUUUGGUGGAUGAUGUGCCAAUAAGGAGGUAUGUAAGAAAGAGUGUUGCAACAUUUCCACUAAGGCCAAUGUGGUUAUAUGGAUCCAUAUGGGAUGCAUCUUCAUGGGCUACUGAAAAUGGAAAAUACAAAGCUGAUUAUAGGUAUCAACCAUUCUUCGGAAAAUUCACGAAUUUCAAGGCGAGUGGUUGCACCGCCUAUUCGCCUCGAUGGUGUCACCCUGUGUCCGCCUCACCCUAUCGAUCCGGUGGCCUUAGUAGGCAUCAACACCAGGCCAUGAAUUGGGUUCAAAGGCACUAUUUGGUAUACGACUAUUGCAGGGACUUUAAAAGAGAUCACUCCCUUACACCGGAAUGUUGGCGUUAAAGCGAGUUGUUGAAGCUGUGGGAUGUAAAAGUACAUCAAUGAUACACAUGUCAAUCUUUCAUAGGAUUAAUAUCCUAUUUUAUGUGAACUAUCCUUUUUUUUUUCUUCCUUUUUAUUGGGUAUGGGUUGGGUGGGGUGGGGUAGGUGUCUUGUGAUGGGUCCACUUGUCAAUAGCAAUUGCAAGAGUAGUUGAGCAUCCAAGCCUAUAGAUUCCAAAAUGAAAAAUUAAUAAUACAACAAAAAAUAAUUGAAAAUGGUUUGUCCUUUUAUUUAUGAAAUUUUGUGCAAACAUUAGUUUACUAUUUUUAUUACCCAAAGGAUUUAAAAAAGAAAUUCAUAAAAGAGGGUCAUGGACAAUUUAGGACUAUGCAUGGAUGGUGGGGUAUGAAAUGAGUGCAUUCACUUUGUUUAUUUAAUUUUUCUCAAUAAAGAAAGUUUUUUGUGUCUCUAUUUCUUUUCCUUUAAUUUUUGUUGUCUAGUCCCUUUUUGGACCUCACAUCUCAAGAAAUUUAUUUUUGUUUAUACCAAUCUCCAGAGUUGUAUUGUGAUCAAUCAGAUCGCUCUAUCUUAAUCAAAAGAUUUCAUGUUGAAAUUUUGGA